GAGGUUAUUUAAAUCUGAAGAAUAUUUCUAGUACCUAUAUAUACUAUUCUCCAAUAUUUGAAAAGUAGUCUUGAUCAUUAAAUUCUCUUCCCCCAAUCCUUGAUUAUUGAAACUUCCUUUCUUCUUUGAUUGGCUUAAGAGUUUGGUAUAUUGAUCAUACCGAAGUGGUAGUAGUGAUUGAUUGCUUACCCCGAACAAAAACCAAACGUAUUUGACUCAAAAAGAAGAAAAAAUGAAUUCUAACAACUGGCUUGGCUUUCCUCUUUCACCAAACAACUCUUCUUUGCCUCCUCAUGAAUACAACCUUGGCUUGGUCAGCGACCAUAUGGACAACCCUUUUCAAACACAAGAGUGGAAUAUGAUCAACCCACACGGCGGAGGAGGUGAAAGUGGAGAGGUUCCAAAAGUGGCUGAUUUUCUUGGUGUGAGCAAACCGGACGAAAACCAAUCUGACCACCUAGUAGCUUACAACGACUCAGAUUACUACUUCCAUACCAAUAGCUUGAUGCCUAGCGUCCAAUCAAACGACGUCGUUGUAGCAGCUUGUGACUCCAACACUCCUAACAAUAGUAGCUAUCAUGAGCUUCAAGAGAGUGCUCACAAUUUACAGUCGCUCACUUUGUCAAUGGGUACCACCGCUGGUAAUAACGCUGCGGCCAAAGCUUCGCCGUCUGAGACCACCGGAGACAACACUAGCGGUGGAGCACUUGCUGUUGUUGAGACGGCCACGCCGAGACGUGCGUUAGACACUUUCGGACAACGAACCUCGAUCUAUCGUGGUGUCACAAGACAUCGAUGGACCGGUCGAUAUGAGGCUCAUCUAUGGGAUAACAGUUGUAGAAGGGAAGGCCAGUCUAGGAAAGGACGACAAGUUUACUUGGGUGGGUAUGACAAAGAAGAUAAAGCAGCAAGGUCUUAUGAUCUAGCUGCACUUAAGUACUGGGGUCCUUCAACUACAACUAAUUUCCCGAUUACUAACUACGAGAAAGAAGUAGAAGAAAUGAAGCACAUGACGAGACAAGAGUUCGUGGCUGCUAUUAGAAGGAAAAGUAGCGGAUUUUCAAGAGGAGCCUCAAUGUAUCGAGGAGUUACAAGGCAUCACCAACAUGGAAGAUGGCAAGCAAGGAUCGGCCGAGUCGCCGGAAACAAAGACCUCUACUUGGGAACUUUUAGCACUGAGGAAGAAGCAGCGGAAGCUUAUGAUAUAGCUGCUAUCAAGUUUAGAGGACUUAAUGCAGUGACCAACUUCGAAAUCAACCGGUAUGAUGUCAAAGCCAUCCUAGAGAGUAGCACUCUUCCCAUAGGGGGAGGAGCGGCCAAGCGGCUCAAAGAAGCUCAGGCUCUUGAAUCUUCAAGGAAACGUGAGGCCGAGAUGAUAGCCCUCGGCUCAAGUUUCCAGUACGGUGGUGGCUCAAGCUCAGGCUCUGGCUCGAGCUCAUCAAGGCUUCAGCUUCAACCUUACCCUCUAAGCAUUCAACAACCAUUAGAGCCUUUUCUUUCUCUUCAGAACAAUGACAUCUCUCAUUACAACAACAGCAAUGCUCAUGAUUCCUCCUCUUUUAAUCACCAUAGCUAUAUCCAGACACAGCUUCAUCUCCACCAACAGACCAACAAUUACUUGCAGCAACAAUCGAGCCAGAACUCGCAGCAGCUCUACAACGCGUAUCUUCAAAGCAAUCCGGCUCUGCUUCACGGCCUUGUCUCGACCUCUAUUGUUGACAACAAUAAUAACAAUGGAGGCUCUAGUGGGAGCUACAACACUGCAGCGUUUCUUGGGAACCACGGCAUGGGUAUUGGGUCGAGCUCGACUGUUGGAUCGACUGAGGAGUAUCCAACCGUUAAAACAGAUUACGAUAUGCCUUCCAGUGAUGGAACCGGAGGGUAUAGUGGCUGGACCGGUGAGUCUGUUCAGGGGUCAAAUCCUGGUGGUGUUUUCACAAUGUGGAAUGAGUAAACAAGGAUCUCUUUCUUGUGGCACAGGGAAAGGGUCUUAAUAAUAACUAUUUUAAUCGUUACUCUCAUUUUUUUGGUUUCUUGUUUUGGAAGUAAUAGGAUCAAUUUAGAAGGGACUUUUGGUAGAAGAAUUUAGGUGACGCAAGGGGUUCUUUUAAUAUUUACGGCUAAGGUAAUGGUUAAAAUGGUUCUUGAGGGUUAGGGUUUUAUGGGUACUCAAUUGAGUGUAAGGGUACCCAAAUUUUGUUUAAAACUAACCCUUUUGACUAAUUUCCAAACUUGUAAUUCGUUGAUAACAAUAUUUUCACUAGUUCUUAUCUUAUUAUUA